UGCUGAGUUGCUGACUGAAGUGGUCCCAGUCUCAUCAGAUCAGGGUCAGAAGUCUCAUCCAAAACCAGGCUUAGAAAACGUGUAACUCCUCCUCCUCCUCCUCUCCCUCUCUGAGCAGCAGCUCAGCUCCACACUCCACACAGCUUCCUCAGAUCAGCAGCUGUGUGUGUGUGUGUGUGUGUGUGUGGGAGGAAGAAGUUUCUUUUUGUUGGUAGAAGCCUCACUGAUUGAACCAUGAAGGAGCUCUCCUCUGAGGCCUUGCUGCUGUCUUUUGCACAUGUAUGUUUCCUGUGUGGUUUCCUGAACGAGGCUCGCGCUCAGGAGGCAGCAGCCGGUGGUGAUGAUGCGCUCCGGCGGGGGUUGACAUGGCAACAUAACGGCCAGGUUUUCAGCAUCCUGAGCCGCGGGGCUCAGUACCGGCCGUCCAGCAGGAGGCAGACCGGCUCACCCAGCCGCGGUACCCCCGUGGUGGUCGUCAGCAGCGGUAACGACACGGUCUCUCCCGCGUCUCACGGCUCCCCGCGCGUCCCCGCAGCCAGCAGCACCGCGCAAUUACGCGCGAUGGCGCGUCAGCGGCGGCCGCAGCAGCAGGAGGAGGAGGCGGCCGGCGGCGACGGGGACUCUGCUCCGGUCAGACGGGAGGACAUGAUGGUCGGAGAUGAUCCGUACAACCCGUACAAGGCGUCCAACUAUUAUCCCUAUUAUAACUACUUCGACUCGUACUACAGACCCAGACCCAGGGCGCAGGCCCGGCACGGAUACGGAACCAGCUACCACCAGAACGGUCUCCCUGAUCUGGUUCCUGACCCCUACUACAUCCAGAUCGCCACCUACGUGCAGAGGAUGCCCAUGUACAACCUGCGCUGUGCCGCUGAGGAGAACUGCCUCGCCUCUACCUCUGCUUAUUCUCAGGACUAUGACACCAGAGUCCUGCUGAGGUUUCCUCAGAGGGUGAAGAACCAGGGAACAGCUGACUUCCUGCCCAGUAAACCUCGAUACGCCUGGGAGUGGCACAGCUGCCACAAUCACUUCCACAGCAUGGACGAGUUCAGCCUGUACGAGCUGCUGGACGUCCACAGUCACAGGCAGGUCGCCGAAGGUCACAAGGCCAGCUUCUGUCUGGAGGACACUUCCUGUGACCCAGGAUAUUACCGCCGCUUCGCCUGCACCUCACACACUCAGGGUCUGAGUCCAGGUUGCUAUGACACCUACAACGCUGACAUCGACUGUCAGUGGAUCGACAUCACCGACGUCUCACCUGGAAAAUACAUCCUGAAGGUGACCGUGAACCCCAGGCAGCAGGUCCCAGAGUCCAACUUUAACAACAACAUCGUUCGCUGUGACGUCCAGUACACGGGCACCGCUGCUCACGUCUCUGGAUGCACCAUGUCAGCCUACUGAGAGGAAUCCUCCAACAUGAGCCUGAAGGUGACAGAGGACACAGGUGGAGCUACAGGUGUGGAUGUUAACGUUCCAGUUUGUUUACAUGUGACGCAAAUAAUUCAGUUAUAACCAGGUUAAAGAAAAACACCUGAGGCAGAUCAUCAUCACACAGACUGAGGAAAACUCUACGACCUUUUUAGAUUUACGGUGGCACAGCCAGGUUACAGUGUGGGGGAACGUCACUCUGUUUAUUCCAUUUCUGAGCUUCAGCAGUUUCUGGCUCUUUAUGCCAGAACUGUUUUUACUUUUUUACAUUUCUGUGACGGCUGCAGUCACUUCCUGUUACUCUUGACUUUGCAGAUUUAGUUUUUAUAUCCAACAGAAAAAGCUCUUUUGACUGUGAGACUAUGAGAUGAUGACUGAUGGGAAACCAGGUUAACACUAUUAUUGUUUCAUGCUAUAGAGACGCAUCGUGACCAAACAGAUGUCCUAUUACUCUCUGAUCUUUAUCUGAUCAACAGGCUGACUCUACCACUUUCAUCACCUUCACAGGAAAUAGAAAUUGACCUGCAUGUUCUUUCUGUAAAUCUUUUAUAUACAAUGUGACAUAGCUGAGGUUUCAUCCUGCAAUUUAAUGUUAAUUUAAAGUUUCAAGCUCCAGAUAUUUCAGAGAAACUGACAAACAGCAGUUUGUGUUUUAAACUAAUCCUGCUUUCUGUUCAUUAUCGGUGCUGUAGAGUAGAUCUUUGAUUAUUGGUGCUAAACGUUGUCGCUUUGUGUCGUGACAUGAAGUGAGCUCACACACCGGCGUGUGUGUUUCUGUUGGUGGACACUGUAUAGAGUGUGUAUACAGAGUGCACAGUGUGUGUACUUGUGCUUGUACUUGACGACCUGUAACCACACAUACCUGCAGAGCUGUAUAUAGGCGAGCUCCCUCCUCAUAUUAUCAACCUGCAUUACUGCUUCAUAUCACAUUAAUAAAGUUUGCUUGAAUGUGA